UAUACACACGGAAUUAAUCUAAUCUCCCUCAUCCAAAAGGUCGUGCACAACUCAAAUAGCUGGAGUUAGCUCCCGAGAGCACUCCGUACGAGAGCAUCGGCAACGGACUUCACCUCACGAACCACGGCCCUGCCAAGUCCAUCCGAGCUCCCACACCGUAUAAAAAGCCUUUGAACGCUCUCUUUUGCUCAUGUCUGCCUUCCCCAUUUCUGGCCCCACCGGCUACGGCCUCAUGUCUCUGACUGCUCGCCCAGAGCCUGUUCCACGUGAGCAGGCCUUUGCUACUAUUAACAACGCCAUCAAAGAAGGCGUCACUCUUCUCAACGGCGGCGAAUUCUAUGGCCCAAACUUCUUCAACCCAGACCCCACAGUGGAAAAACGGCCGCUCGAAAACCUCAAGUUGCUGCAGGCGUAUUUCGCCAAGUACCCAGAAAACCGGUCCAAAGUGUCUGUUUGUAUCAAAGGAUGCGUCACUCCCACCGGCAUUGAUUGCUCCCCGGAAGGAGUCAAGAGAUCCAUCGAGAACAUUGCCUCGUUUUUCCCUGGCAACAAGUUCGAGCUGUUUGAAGCCGGCCGCAUGGACCAAAAGACACCUGUCGAGGAGUUCGUCAAGGCUUGCAUCCCUUUCAUUGAGAAAGGCGUCAUCAAGGGCAUCAGUCUGUCUGAGGUGAAUGCAAACACCAUCAGACGCGCUGCUGCCGUGUAUCCUAUUUCCUGUGUCGAGGUGGAACUGUCUCUGUGGAGCACCGACAUUCUGAAAAAUGGAAUUAUGGACACCUGCAGGGAGCUGAAAAUCCCGAUCGUAGCAUACUCGCCGCUGGGAAGAGGCUACUUGACCGGCACAAUCAACUCCAUCGACGACCUUCCACCAAACGAUCCGCGCCGCAUGUUUGACAGAUUCGCUUCGCAGGAAGCCAUCGACGCCAACAAACACCUUUUGGAGCGGGUUGGCAACCUGGCUCAGAAGAAAGGGUGCACAAUGGCGCAGAUCGCGCUCUCGUGGGUUAGAACGUUCAACGAGUAUCCGGAAAAAUACGCCACGGUGAUUCCUAUUCCUUCAGCCUCGACGCCGGAGAGAAACCAUGAGAAUAACACCCAUAUCAAGUUGACUCACGACGAGUUCGAGGAGCUCAACAAGGCUGUGCGCGAGUGUAAGAUCUACGGCGGCAGAUAUAACGCUCAUCUGGCAGGCCUACUGAAUGGCUGAUUAGUUAUCGGAUUGCUUUAAAUACAACCUAACAAAAACAAACCCGUAGAGCUGUCCAGAAAAAAGAAGCACUUCUCGAUCACAUCGAGCCAUUGAGAGGCUCGGUAACCGUGUCAACGAUGCCAUUGGCCUGCGAAGAAUGGUUGCCAAUGAUGCGGUCAACGGUCGGCUUCAGAGUCGCAUCGUAGGUAGGCUUGAUCGCGUUCACGUACGCCUCGUUCGAGAGUCUUCGGGACGUCUUUGCAAUGGCAGCAGGGGCCGACGACGAUGCCUUCUCGCUAUUGUACACCUCGGUCACGUAUUGUGGCAGGCCGGAGACUUGGUGGACGUACGGAAGGGCUCUUUCGUAGGUCGACCUGAGCAGCUUUCUGGACCGCGUCAGCUCGCUCUGCGCAAUAUCAUUCACCUCCUGGCCCUUGGCCUCAGCCUGGUUUUUCAGCGGCAACAAUCUGUCCACGGCAGACUCGUAGUAGUCGUUGAACACCUUCACCACAGCACUCAGCCGCGAGCGCACGGAGCUGGUAGUGUUGGCAAACGUCGCUCUGGCAUUCUUCACCACGUCACGGGCCCAUCUGUCAUAAUAGUCAUUAAAUGUUUUGGAGACCGAUUCUGUGGAAAUGGUGGUCAAGAAGGGGAAAGCACUGUCCAAGUACGAUAGUGUGGCAUCAGUGGUCUGAUCGAUGGCGUUUAGGAGCAAGACAAGAAUGGACACGCUGGAGAGCACAGAGAGCGCUCUGCUGAGCAGCGAAUGCGCAUACGAUUCGACGACCCUCACUGUGGAUGACUUCUCUGCUAAAGCGCUGGCCUCCGCCACCAGUGGGUACUUGAACACAUGGGAGUAAGUGUUGGUGGUGAUUUUUCUAGGUUUGGAUGUCUCGGAAGAGCUCAUGGUAGAAGAAAGAGAUUGCUGAUUAGAUUAGACACAGAUAGCACAGCAGUGAGCAAAAAAACCUAGUGG